CAAGGACUUUCGUAUUGUACAGUUGUGGUGUUUUAAUAUUGUACGCUCUUUCUCAUUCAUUUUCGCCACAAUUGCCACUUUUUUUUCAUCGUACACUAGUUAUCUAAAUAUUAUCAACGAUUUUAUUUUUAAAUGCAAAACAAGUGAAGAAUACACAUUCAGUUCAAAAUAAGCAACAAUUUUAUGGAGCUGAAUUUAUUGGAAAUCAUUUUGCAACAAACGACAAGCUACAUUUUUUGAAAUUAGCUCAAUUCAAAUUUUGAUAAACGUUUCGAACGUUAUAAAGGUGUCCUGGAAAAUCAUCCAAAACGCUCUUAAAGGUCAAUUCAAUCCGGUUUUAUUUGGAAUAAAAGCAAACACACAACGAACUUAAAGGAAUGUCACAAACAAACAUGCAGAAAGCCUAUCAACUGUUGAUCUUUGUGAUGCUGCUUUGUGUUGGUUUAUCGAUGGCUCGGCCCAACGGAAGCACCGAUAGUCAGGAAUCAUCGGAUAAUCAGUUGGGAGUUUCGGAUGUGGAUCGGAGUUAUCCAUACUAUCGACCAAUGCAGGCAUUACAGUAUUUUAACUACGAUGAACCAAACUCAGUAGACAGAUACCAAUUGCAGUAUCGGUCAUUUGUGCCAAACAAUCCUGGUUUUGGUGCCCGAGGAGGUGGUGGCAGCUCCAAUUUUCCCGUUUGGGAUUCCUAUCGACAGCUGGUGAAUAAAAGACAGACUCGUUAUCGCCAGUGCUACUUCAACCCAAUCAGCUGUUUCCGAAAAUAAAUUACGCCAUAUUCAAUUGAUGUCCAAUAUCUCAUUCAACACGAUUCAUUUCAAAAAACCGCAAUACAAUUAUUAUUUUGAAGAGCCACAAACAAAUGAAGAAUAUUCACUCUGUAUGACCGGCCAAUCAUUGAAAUCAUUUUUCUUUUCUUCAAUCACAAAUUGCUGGGAACAUUUUUUUAUAUUUUGAAUUGUUCAAGUAUUAUAAUCUCAAAGUGUUUAUUCAAUGUUUCUGUUGAGCCUUUAAAAAUUAUCUAAAAAGAAAAUAUGAAAUAUAAAAACUUAAGUACAUUAUCAACAUGGAUUGCCACACAUUCAUUGUAAUUUGUAUGUAAAAACUAAUCGCCAUUUCGAUGGUCAACAUUCUCAAAAACGUUUCAACACUCUGAUUUGGAUGGAAAAUUUUCAAAAACCAAAAAAUGUUGUAUAUAUUACCUAUGAUCUAUGAAUUUAUGAUUUUUAAAAGAAGGAUUCAUUCAAGUUAUAUAAAUACUAUAUGGCAAAUGUGCACAUUAAAAUUAAUCGUAUUAACAUAAAUAAAAAAUUCAGUAUGUUUUUCUAGGAGGAGAGUCACACAACCAACAAAAAACAAACAACCACUUUAACUAUGUGUAUUGUAAUAGUCAAUUAUAAUAUGCACAUCAUAAUAUUUAACUGUAUAACUGCGAUUGACUUUAAAUAAACGCAUAUGUAAUAGAUUUUUCCGAAAAAACAAAAAAUAACAAGAGGAACAAGGACUCAUGUUGAUCUACCAACAUUUUUUUCUUUCUCCAUUCAUUUUACCCAGUUUACAAACAACAAAAACCAAGUGUAUUGAAUAAAUCGAUAAUAAGUUGCAAUCUUUUCGUUUUUCACUCGAGCACUUUUAAGGAUGUGAUAUUUUUCGGAAUCCCACGUCAUGGUUUGUAUGGAAUUGAAUCUUAGCCUAUCUUUUCGAAGCCGUCAUAAGAUUUACCUGUGUGUGCUGAAGAAACCGUACUUAUUGUAUAUCCAUUAUUCAUGAACAAGUGAACAUGCUUGAUGGAGCAGCCCGCUCAAAAAUUCCACAUCAUCAUC